GUGAGUAGAAAAUUUCUUAAUAAAGAAAAAUGAAAGGAAAAAAAUAAAUAAAAUAACAGAAGUUGUCACAUGUGCUGUGGCUUGGGCUCCAUUGCGGAGAAAGUGAGUCAGCUCAGUAGCAGCACCAUGGAUGUAGUGACCUAUAACGAUGUGCAUGUCAACUUCACUCAGGAAGAGUGGGCAUUGCUGGAUCCUUCCCAGAAGAAUUUCUACAGAGAUGUGAUAUUGGAGACCUAUAUGAACCUCAUUGAUAUAGGCUACAAUUGGGAAGAUCAUAAAGUUGAAGAACAUUGUCAAAGUUCUCAAAGAUAUGGAAGAUACAUCAUAUGUCACUCUGGAUACAAGCCAUACGAGCACAGGGAUAUAGAAAGAAGCAAUGUACCUCUCCAUCUCAGAACAAUUAGAAGAUAUGUAGUACUUACGUUGAGUAGAUUUGUUGAAUGUAAUUCAAGUUUACAAGUAAUCAGUUUUCCAGCUUCAAUGGGAAUACAUCAACAAACACACUGCAGAAAAGCCCUAUGA